ACAAACAAUAACAAAGUGCUACUAAAACUCCCUAUCAUGCGGAUUGUAGUCGAGAUUUAUUUACCACAACCGUCUAUCUUUUGAGUUAAUAUGAAAAUGAGACGUUUAUUUAGAGUUUCGCGUACUUUCCGACUCUUUUUUACAGUGAUUUCGAUGUAGGGGACGAACAGGACUUGAGUUUCCAUUGUUGUGGUUUUGCGGGAGACUGAAAACUCCUACCCGUGGAUCAGGCCUGUGUUAACACUUACACUAGGUGUUUAAGAAGUGAAAAUGUCGAUUUUGGGUCUAAAAAAGAAGCAGCCAAAGACUUUUAAAGUCAAAGUCAUCACUAUGGAUGCUGAAAUGGAGUUCAGUUGUGAGGUCAAAUGGAAAGGGAAAGAUCUGUUUGAUCUUGUGUGUCGGACUAUUGGACUGAGGGAAACAUGGUUCUUUGGCCUUAGAUAUACAGUAAAAGACACCUAUGCAUGGCUGAAGCCUGAUAAACGGGUUUUGGAUCAAGAAGUUCCAAAGGAUUCUCCGAUAACAUUUCAUUUUCUUGCCAAAUUCUUUCCUGAAAAAGUUGAGGAUGAGCUUGUUCAGGAAAUUACUCAGCAUCUCUUUUUCUUACAAGUUAAAAAGCAGAUAUUAGAUGAAGAGAUAUUUUGUUCUCCAGAAGCCUCUGUUCUUUUGGCGUCAUAUGCUGUUCAAGCCAAGUAUGGGGACUAUGAUCCAAACUUUCACAAGCCAGGCUUCUUAGCGCAAGAUGAACUCUUGCCCAAAAGAGUGCUAAUGCAGUAUCAGAUGACUCCAGACAUGUGGGAAGAGAAAAUAACUGCUUGGUAUGCUGAACACAGAAACGUCACAAGGGACGAGGCUGAGAUGGAAUAUCUAAAAAUAGCACAGGAUUUAGAGAUGUAUGGAGUUAGCUACUUUUCUAUCACACAAAACAAGAGGGACACAGAGCUGCUGCUUGGAGUUGAUGCCCAAGGUCUUCACAUCUACAGCCCCAACAAUAGGCUCACCCCUAACAAAUCCUUCCCCUGGAGUGGAAUCCGAAACAUCUCUUACAGUGAGAAAGAGUUUACUAUUAAGCCAUUGGACAAGAAAAAGGAAGUUUUUAAAUUCUACUCCUCUCAGCUGAGAGUUAACAAACUGAUCUUACAGCUGUGUAUUGGGAACCACGACCUGUUUAUGAGGAGGAGGAAGGUGGAUUCUAUAGAAGUGCAACAGAUGAAGGCCCAGGCCAAAGAGGAGAAGGCUAGGAAAAAGGUUGAGCGUCAGAUUCUUGCACGGGAAAAGCAGAUGAGGGAGGAAGCCGAGCGUGCAAAGGAAGAAAUGGAGCGUCGUUUGUUCCAGCUUCAGGACGAGGCCCGAAUGGCCAAUGAUGCUCUACUGCGCUCCGAGGAGACGGCUGACCUUCUGGCAGAGAAAGCCCAGAUCGCAGAGGAGGAGGCCAAACUACUCGCCCACAAAGCAGCCGAGGCAGAGCAGGAGAGGCAGAGGUUAGAGGUCACGGCCCUCAAGACCAAAGAGGAGAAGAGACUAAUGGAGCAGAAGAUGAGAGAAGCAGAACAACUGGCGGUUAAACUUGUUGAGCAGUCAGAAAGAAGACUGAAGGAGGCUGACCAUCUGAAACAGGACCUGAAUGAGGCUAAAGAUGCAGAAAGAAGAGCUAAGCAAAAACUUUUGGAAAUCACCAAAACAACAUAUCCUCUGAUUGCAGCAUACUCCAGCUCUUCUCCACCCGUUGGGCCUGACAGUCCAGACAUGGCUGUAGAAAUGGGCAGCUCCAUCCGAAUGGAUUUCAAAGACUCCGAUAUGAAGAGACUUUCAAUGGAGAUUGAGAGAGAACGGAUGGAGUACAUGGAAAAGAGCAAACAUCUUCAAGACCAGCUGAAGGAGUUGAAAUCCGAAAUUGAAUCCCUGAAGCUUGAAGAGCAGCAGCAGGCUGGAAUCUACAGCCUCAGGAGUUACACGGAACCUCCCUAUGUUCCCCACAGCAAUAGGAAUUCUGCCUACAUGGCUCAAAUGGCCUUCUAUGAGGAAGUGUGAAAGAACAGUCCAACCACUGUUUAAGGAGCACAAGGGGCCUGGAGAAACAACAGUUCACUGAAGCAUGCAUGUACACCAAAAAUGCAAAAAUAACCUUGUGUACUGUGCUUUUGAAGUUUAAUAUAUUCAUUUCCCCUUUUUUCAAUUUAUGUGUCAGCAAUGCAAUUGGUUUUUGUGCACGCUUCAAGUAAUUUUGCUAAUACCACAAAUGGUUUGGCACUUUCAAGCUGAAACUGAUUCAUCUUUGUUUGUUCAUAUGACAACAAUAGUUGGUCUGUAAAUGCAUAAUGCAGAUAUAUAGUGAAAAGAAAAGGGAUGUUUCUCCAAUUUUUCUUUUGGCCUAUAAUAUUUUCCUUAGAUUUUCCUAUUAUUUUACUUCAGGUUGCCUGAUCAAUAUAACACUCAGUGCCUUUAACAAAUGCAACCACACUGGUUGGCAAAAAAUGCAUUGUAGUUUUAACUACAGUAUCAGCGAAUGUCAAAUUAUUUAAGUAUUUCCAUGUUUUGGACUUUGGAAUUUGUACUUUUCCUAUUUUAUUUUGUGCUUUUUAACAGUAUAUUGGAUUGAUUACUCUCCAAUACACUAUAGUGCCUUUUGGAACGCUUGCACUACUCAGUGGGUUAAAUUAUUCUCUACCAAUAUACUCUUUUCCUGGCACUAUGGAUCUUGUUCUGCUGGCCAUGUGUCCCGCCUGACAAACAUACCUGCUGUUAUAUUGAUUACUCAUUUUGGCUGGAGAAUUUUGUUAUUUUUUGACAGUGUUUGAUAUAGUGAUACAAAGGCAGAUUUAUUGGUUUUUCUACAAUUUCUGUUACCAAAUUAAAUUAUGUUUUAGUGCUAGGGGUAUGAGCUAUGUUGACAUUUCAACACUACGUGGUUUAGCCAAAAUCUGAAUGUAUUUACAGGAGUAACAAACAUUUCAAACUUUUUUUUUUUUUAUCCCUCAAAAAUAGAAAUGACCGGCAUAACUCAGAUAUGUAACCUUGCUUGAUACCUCAACACUUUAAGCUGAAAGUAUUAUCUUUUGAAAAGUUGUCCUUUUUUUUUCUUCAAAAUCUAUUCAAAGUACAUAGGAUACAUAUAUUUUUUGCAUACAUUUUUGUGAAUGUUUUUAUGCUUUUGACAUGGUUUUUGGAGAACUUCUUUUUUUUUUUUUUUUUUUUUUAGAAAAUAUGCCUGUGCUUUCAUAUAAAGGGAUGACUUCUAAUAUGGUUGAGUAUUAAGACUGUAAUGCCACCCAUUAUGUUAUAGCUUGUCAUUUUUUUAUCAAUUAGAAACCAGCCAGUACGUGAAAUUAGAUAAUAACAAUGCUUUGUUGGGAAAUAUCUAUUGUAAAUACACUACAUGUAUCUCAAAGUCUUACUAUGAGUAGUGGGAGACAUUCUUCUGUUAUCAGCAGCAUGACUGUGCACACUAGCCUAAGAUGUCUUAAGACAGAGUGACUUCACAAGGCAACUGUUCAUGUUUUAAUGAAUGCCACAACCACCUGCCAGUCUCUGCCCAUUUGGUCCUCAAAACACAGUUUUUGAUUUGGUAUUUGUCUUUACCUCUCUGUACCACAUAAAGUGCAGGGGGUAUAACUUCAUGAACAUUAAGCAUGGAUAGAUUUCACUCCUAAUUUUAAUUAAUUUUCUAUUGGAGCACAGUAUCACUGCCUUUGUUUAGUAUUUGUGCCAUGCAUCAGACACAGAUGGUCGAUAUGGAUGAGGAUUUAUAACCUUGUAUGUGCAGUGAAUUGUAAACUGAAAGUCAAAUAAAUGGCAAAUGGAUUUCAGAGUCUUGCUAUGUGUUUGCCUUCUGGUGCAGAUACUGUGAAAAACAAUGCAUUCUGUAUGUAGAUGAUUUUAUCUAGCACUUUGUGGUAUUUUUCCUACCACUCCCUAAUGUUUAUCUCCUGAACAUUCUUUAGUAUCUCAUGCAUGUAGUACAAAAUAGAAAGUCUCAAAAUCUAAUAAAAAUGUUAAUG